AUGCUGCUCACUCAGCCCCCGGCGCAGCCAGAGUCUCCACACACUCUCCCGCUGCUGGAGGAGACGGAAACUUUCAACCCGGCGCGCACCCGCACCCCGACUCCCACACGUGGUGGCAGUGGCAGUGGAGGGGGGGCUGGGGACCCCCAAACCAGCCAGGAGAUGAGCACCGGCACUGGGGGAAGCGGAGGCGGCAGAGCCAUGGACCAGUCGGCCACGAUCACCAGACCCAUGUCCAAGAGGCACAAGAGCAUCCGGAAGAACUCCAGGAGGAUUUACUCUCCGUACCAGGACCAGAACCAGGGUCUGUCGGACGAUGAGGAUAAAGAUGCGGACAGUAACGACCCAGAGGAAGUCUUCCAGAACAUUCAGUACCAAAAGGAGCUCAUCGCCAACAUCAGGGCACGACCCUGGCCCAUGAGGAGAAAACUCAAAGCACUCAAGCAGGCCAGGGAGAUUGUGCUGAAGUACGAGGGCAGGCUCACCAGGACCAGGGGAUACCAGGCUGCAGGGGCCAACCUGCUGAAAAAACUCGCUCGCCUGCUGUACAACAUAGUGGUUCUCUUCAUUCCAUGGGAGAUGAGAAUUAAGAAAAUUGAAAGUCAUUUUGGAUCAGGCGUAGCCUCCUACUUCAUCUUCCUGCGAUGGCUAUUCGGAAUCAAUAUCGUCCUAACCAUUAUGACCGGCGCUUUCAUUGUCCUGCCGGAGCUCCUGGCUGGCGCUCCGUUCGGCAGCACGCGCAGCAAGACCAUUCCCAAGGAGCAAUUCGCCUCAGCUCAAGACCUGGACACCAUCUGGUCCCUCGGGGGGUACCUCCAAUAUUCUGUGUUGUUUUAUGGCUACUAUGGCAAUGUGAGGAAAAUUGGGAGCGCCGGAUACAGGCUGCCGUUGGCAUACUUCCUGGUUGGGAUGGCCGUGUUUGCCUACAGUUUCAUCACGCUCUUAAGGAAAAUGGCUAAAAACUCUCGUCUGAGUCUGGCCAGUGCGUCGGAUGAGAACUACACCUUCUGUUGGCGCAUCUUCUGUGCGUGGGACUACCUCAUCGGGAACCCAGAGGCAGCCGAGAGCAAGACGGCAGCCAUCAUCAACAACAUCAGGGAAGCCAUUGUGGAGGAACAAGAAAAGAAGAAGGAUACCAGCCUGGCAGUGUUGAUCAGUCUGCGGAUACUGGCCAACAUCCUGGUCCUGCUUUCUCUCGCAGGCAGCAUCUACAUCAUCUACUUUGUUGUGGAUCGCUCUCAGAAACUGGAACAGGAGAAGCCAGAGCUUACCCUGUGGGAGAAGAAUGAGGUGAGUGUGGUGGUCUCUCUGAUCACGAUGAUCGCUCCGUCUGCUUUCGAGCUGGUGGCCCAGCUGGAGAUGUACCACCCCAGGACCAGCCUCAGGUUCCAGCUAGCCAGGGUUUUGGUCCUGUAUUUGGGGAAUCUCUACAGCCUGAUCAUCGCUCUCCUAGAUAAAGUCAACAGCAUGAGCAUGCUUCCUCAUGCUCCAGCCAACUGGUCGGACUCCACUGCCUUUCUAGCCACCGUUCUGCAGCCAAAUGAAGACAACCUGUCCACCAACAUAACCAGCAACCUGACCAGUGGCCUGCCCACCAGCCUGCCCAGCAGCCUGCCCACCCACUUGACCAGCAAUCUAACCAGCAAUCUGAUCACCAUAGUGCCUGACAUCACAGAGUCCAGGAACAUCACCAUGGCUGCCUUGGUGUUGGACAUCGCCAGUACCAAGAGCACCACGACUGUGGUCCUGAACCAGACAGCCCCUGACAACUUUUACAAGAAGUACCAGCAGGACCAGUGCUGGGAGACCUAUGUGGGGCAGGAGAUGCUGAAGCUGUCCAUCAUUGAUAUGAUCUUCACUGUAGCCAGCAUCCUGCUGAUUGACUUCAUCCGCGGCCUGGUGGUGCGGUACCUGAGCGACUGCUGCUGCUGGGAUCUUGAGAGUAAGUUUCCUGAAUACGGGGAAUUCAAAAUAGCAGAAAAUGUGCUCCACCUGAUAUACAACCAAGGAAUGAUUUGGAUGGGGGCGUUCUUCUCCCCCUGUCUGCCGGCGUUCAACGUGAUGAAGCUGAUCGGGCUGAUGUACCUGCGGAGCUGGGCCGUGCUGACCUGUAAUGUUCCCCAUCAGCAGGUCUUCAGGGCCUCCAGGUCCAAUAACUUCUACCUCGCCAUGCUGCUGUUCAUGCUGUUCCUGUGCAUGCUGCCCACCAUCUUCGCCAUCGUCCGAUAUCGGCCCUCACAGUUCUGCGGACCUUUUAGUGGUCAGGACAAGAUUUAUGACAUCAUCUCUGACACCAUAGCCAAUGACUUCCCGCUGUGGUUCAGCAAAGUGAUGGGCUACGUCACCAGCCCCGUGGUGGUGCUGCCCGCUCUGCUGCUGCUCUUCAUGCUGAUCUACUACCUCCAAGCCAUCGCGAGAUCCCUGAAAUACACCAAUAAUCAACUGAGAAUGCAACUCCAGACCGAACGCACGGAGGACAAGAAGAAGGUCUUCCAGUUGGCAGCCGCUCGGCUGCAGGCCCCUGAGGGUGGUGACAAGAAGCCAGAGCAGGCGGAGAGUGACGCCACCAGCAUGACGUCACCAUCGCUCCGCUCCUCGUCCCCGCGCCGCAACGGCAGCGUCACCAACUUCGAGUCACCUGUACGCCGGGGCACUAGCAUCCGCACCAUCACCCAGUCGGCAUCGCGCUCUGACAUCCGGGCCGCUGGCCCCUCCCGGAGUCCCGCGGUGUCUGUUAGACAGAAGCACAGAUACGAGCACAUACCAAACAGACAUCCAGGGUAUCUAGGAGGAUCAAGUGGCUCCUGCCGUUCCAAGUCGUUUCACCAUGUGGCCUACAACCCACCUGUGCGCUAUGCUGAAAACAUCCACUCCGAGCCCCUGUUCAGGAAGAGCAUGCGCCCAGUGCACCCCGAGCCUGGCAUAGUGACGGCCCAGAGCUACGUAGGACGGCGCGGGCACACCACCCGCUAUGUCAUCGUGAAUGAGCAUGAGCCGCGCAAGAAGCUGGUGCGCUCUACCACGCGCGUACCGCGCCACUACCGCAUCGCCGACGACCCAGGCGAGAUCGUGGAGCUGUACCCCAGGAACAUCAAGCGCUACACCAUCCGCACGCCACACCGCUCCCACCAGCCCCACCUGAGCGAGGAAGAGGAGGAGGAGGAGCAGCCUGGGAAGAGUGUGAGGAGGGGGGCGUCCAGCCAGACGCACCACCGCCCAAGGUCGCUGUCUGAUCUACACCAGCCCGUGCGGUUCUACAUCGGAGACCCCGCGGGCAGCCAGGUUUCCAUGGCGAAGGAGAUGGGCCGAGGGGGGGUGUACUGCGCUCACGAGGAGGACUGCGAGGAGGACUGGGACGAGAUGGCCUCCGUGCCACGCUUCUGUUCCCGUGGCAACGUCAAGGGGCCGCCCGAGCCGGGCCACAGGCACUUUGAGCCGCAGGUGAAGCCCAAGACGAAGCAUAAGGUGGAGCCCUCGCUCACCGAGUCUGACUCGGCAUCGCUGGCCUCCAGUAGCGACCAGCAAAACAGCAGCACGGACCAGUACAUCCAGGUCAUCCACAACAAGGAGAAGUACCUGAAGACCAGCGCCAAACUGGGAAAGAAGAAGUCCAAGACAAAUAAUGAUGUCAACUUGUCGGGGUCGAGUGAACUAGUCUGCUCAAAUGUAUAGUUUGUUUGUCGGGAUCGAGUGAACUUAUCUGCUCAAAUGUAUAGUUUGUUUGUUAAUGCAUUUUGUUAUUAUAUUGUUAUUAAUAC